UCAUCCCUCUAAGUACUUCUCACUCAAUUGUGUCACCCCGGCAAACAAUGCCGGUUUUCCUCAGAGCCCCCCAGGCCCGAGUGCUGCUCCGAUCACGACCGCCGACAACCUCCCUGAGCAGCAACAGCAGCAGCAGCAGCAGCAUCACUUCUCUCCUCCGCCACCAGCAACAACAGCUCAACAGAUACGACCACUGCAAUUACUUCUCCACCACAUCCGCCACCUCGUCUCCCUCCUCCUCUUCCAAGGCCCAAACCUCGUCCCCACAAUCGCUUACCUCCACCGCCAGCCACUCCCUCUCCAGCGACAUCAACCCGCCCGCGAGCACCCGCCCAGCAGAGCUCACCCUCCCCUCCGCCCUCGGCCCCUCGGCCUCGCCCGCCGACAAACUCAAACACUACCUCGCCGUCGGCCGCGCCUACCUGACCUUCUACAAGACCGGCCUCAAGAAUGUCUACCACAACCACCGCGCCGCGGUGCCCCUCCGCCGCGCCCUGGACUUACCCGCACAUCUCCCGACCUCCGCCUAUUUGGCGGUGACGCAAGAGGCACUGGGGGCGAGCAAGGGUCGCGCCAAUGUCACGACGAAGUCGACGAAGACAACGACGACAACGACAGCAAAGGACAACAACAGCAACAGGCCGGGCGUCAUCUCACGCUCCAGCUUCCAGCUCCUCCAUCGCGCCGCCUACGACAUCCGUCGCAUGAUCCCCUUCACCCUCCUCCUCAUCGUCUGCGGCGAAUUCACGCCCCUCGUCGUCCUGGCGCUCGGCAAUGCCGUCACCCCGCGGACGUGUCGCGUGCCCCGCCAGUUGGAGAAGGAGCGCGCGAAGCGCGUCCAGCGGAAGAAGGUGGCGCUACUCCUCGAUCGCGGGACGGUCACGGCGCCGGAGGUCGGCAGUGAGAAGGAGAUGAAGAGCGUGAGGUGGUUGAUGGGCGUGAGUGGAGACGGGGAUCGAGACGCGGUCGCUCGGGCGUGCGCGGUGUUCGGCCUGGCGAGGUCGCAUGAUCGCCUGGCCUGGCCCGUGCUCCCGGUGUAUCGACGGCGCUUAGAGCGGUAUCUGAAUUAUCUGGAGGUGGAUGACGAGUUGAUCCGGAGGAGUGGCGGUGUUCAGGCCAUGGAAGCGGCCGAGGUCCGCAUUGCAGUGGAGGAGCGCGGCGGAGUUGGGGUGGGUUCUCGGGGCAAUGGGAGAAAUGGAUGGGAGGUGGAGCGCGAGGAGAGACGAUGGUUGGAGAAGUGGUUGCAAUGGAGGGGUUGAGUAGUUCCUCUAUUCAUGUAGACUCCAUCAAUUCAUACACAAGACUAGGUAGGUACUGUGGCGUAUAUUUGGUAUGUAUAGUAAGGAGUAUGUAUAGUGGUAUAUAUGCUCCCUCAAAUGGCCCCCGAUUGAUUCAUAGAACGCUUGAAGUAUAUUCAGGUGUCAUUUGCUACACAGACUAGACACUCAACUGUA